GCCCCGGAUCCUUUCAGGACUCUUUGGUCUUUUGGGCACGACAUAAAUCGAGUGAGGGAAGGAGGCAGCAAUAUCCCCCUGGAUCCCUGCAGGAUUAAUUUAUUCAAAGAAUAACAGAAAAAUACUCAAUAUGCAAAAGUCUUGUGAAGAAAAUGAAGGAAAACCACAGCACACGUGGAAGACUGAGGCAGACCACCCUUCGGAAGAUGUACCCCAGGAGGCAGAGGGAAAUCCUCAACCUUCCAAAGAAGAAGGUGUAAGCCAGGAGGCAGAAGGAGAUCUGAGAGGAGGGCUGACCCAGCCUGGCCAGGGGUUUAAAGAGGACACUCCUGUGAGGCAUUUGGACCCUGAAGAAAUGGUAAGACAAGUAGAUGAGUUGGAAGGGAUUAGGGAGGAGAUAAGAAGGGUAAGAAACAAGUUUGUGAUGAUGCGUUGGAAGCAAAGACAUUCUCGCAGCUGUCCUUACCCUGUGUGCUUUAGGCUUUGAAUUCUUUUUUUGUCUGAUAUUAAAAUCUGGCCCCUGCUUUCUUUGUGUU